AUGGACAACGACUUCGACGCAGCCGAGCGGCUCAGCGCCCGGAGGCGCGGCUCGGGUGGAAACCUGACAGUGCUCGACGACGCAAUCUUCCAGCGUGCUAGGGGCACUACAGCUGACCGCCAGCGGCUAUCACGCUUUGCCAGCUGCCGCCCCGAAGUUCUCCCUUCCACGUUUCCGGCACUGCGAUGGACGGUGUCGCGCGAACUGAGUCAAGAACCCGUCACUCGCUCUGCUGACGCAGUGAAGUCCCUUGGUGUCGUCGGCAUGUGCUCCAAGUUUAUGCGGGACCAAGUGCUUGGUUACCUGAGUUGCCCAACCGCUCUCGAAGUGCUCAGCUUCGAACACAUGGAACAGGUGGACGCCAUCAGGCACUGCAGAUCGCUCGGGGUGCUGAUGAAGAGGGUCACCUUCUUGUUUCCGAUAAUGGCACGACUGCGCACCAUGCUGCCGUUCAUCGAGAAGUUUGUGGGCCGGCCGAAGCUCAAUCUGAACGAGCCAGAGCAAGACUUGGACGCCACGUGUCGGCGGUGGCACCAGUACGGCGCCUUUGUGAUGAACGCCAUACUCGGCUGGAGGGACAGCGAUUGCGAUGUGGUCUACAGCGUCCUUGUAGGGCUGCUACGCACGCGCCUAUUCACCGCCAGGGUGCUCGGGGCAAGGUGCGGAUACCUGCUGCACGAGGAGUUCGUGCUCCGGAACUUUCUUCAGUGCCUGUUCCUGUCCGAGGUCGUACUCGAUCAACGCUGCGCCUGGCUGUCGAGGCUGCUGCAACGAUGGCCGACGGUGCUCCGCGCCAGGCUACUGUUCAUCAUCUACGGGCCCUGCCAUCACGGCGAGAUCCUGUGGGCGCUGCCAGCGCAUCCACACACGACGGCGUGGUCUCCGCUGCUGCGCGUCGCGCUGGCCGAGAUGGGAGCGGCGCUGGCUAGCCUUUAUUGGAGCUUGGGCGACACCAUCGACAUCAUCGAAGAGCUGUUCGUGAUGUGCCGAGAGUGGCUGCCACUGAACCGUGCCAUGUUGCUGACCUACUGCGGAGUGGACAUAUGCGUGACAGUCAUCGCUUCCAAAAUCAGGGAACGGCAUGAAGAUGAAGUGGCCGGCCUCCUAUACAACCUGAUCUUGGCGCAGAUCCACGGGCCCCGCUCGGCGGCCUUCAUCAUCGACGUGGUGAGGGAGCUCUGCGAUUUAGUGGGGCACGUGAGUUUUCUCCAAGAGAUACCUCAGUACCGUGUCCCGCUCCUGCGUGGUGCAUUGAGACAUUACUCAGACGGUGAGCCGCUGAACCAGGCGGGCUACGCGAGAGUCUGCCAUUCCCUGCUCUCGUUCAUCUCCUCGGUGCUUGAGAUCUGCAUGCACGAGACUGUGUGAUGAUCAGGGCCUAUUCAACCUGAACUGUGCAUGAAUGCGCUGUCGUUUGCUGCAUGCACACUCAAUGCCGAGACGGUGUCCUGUAUCCAGAAUUUGUGUGGGACGAAUGCUCUUAAAGAAGACCCGUAUUGCUAAGCCUGUAUGUUGUAGCCCAAUGUAUUUGCACGCAUGUUGUUUUGUUUAUGAGCAUGUGUACGAGACGAGACAUUUGCGAAUGGAGCAAAGGCGCACCAACUUCAGUCCGCAACUUCUAGUCAUUGUUUGGGAGUUCUAGUCAUUAUUUGAGAGUGAAUGGAGAAAUCUCGAAUUUUUAGUUUGGGUUCAGUCUGUUUUUAUCUCGGAAACGCAAUUCUUUUUUUU